AUGUCUCUGACACUGACUAGUAGGGAUGAUGCAAGAGUUCACCUGGUCGAGUCCGACUGGGGACCGGAAAAGAUCUGUGCAGAGGGUAUGGACAAGCAACCCAAGUCCAUACCCACGGCACUACGCAGCUUUCCAGAACGACUUACAGAUAUCCCUCAUAACCUCUGGCUUCUCACCAAAGAUGACAACCCGACAUUCGUCAUCCCAAACACCGUCUUCGGCAUCUGCGGUGCCCUUGCAGGGUCACGUCUCAUCAUCCACGACUAUACCUCGACCACGGUCCUCACACGACUUCCAUGGGUAUUUCUCUUCAAUUGGUCGAACCUCCUCAUCUUCGAUCUAGCGAAUCAACGUCUGCCAGAAUCAGCAAAAGAAGAUGCCCUCAACAAGCCCUGGCGGCCUGUACCUAGCGGCCGUAUGACCUCUUCACAGAUUAGACAGUCGAUGCUCCUCGCUCUCCCUCUCGUCCUCGCAUUCAAUCAUUAUGUCCUUACUGUGUCGUCCGAAACCGCGCUCAUCUACAUCUUGACCUGGAUGUACAAUGAUCUUCGAGGUGGAGACGAAGGCUGGAUCUUUCGGAAUAUCAUUAUCUCUUUCGCGUUUGCAUGUUUCAACAUGGGUUCUCUGAGAGUUGCCGCGACGGGAACUACACACUCGACCUCGACCGAGAUCACAAGCGAAGGGUAUACAUGGGUCAUUAUCAUCAGCGGAGUCAUCCUUACCACAAUGCAUGUCCAAGACCUCAAAGACCAGGCCGGUGACCGAGCACGCGGACGGAAAACGGCACCGCUCGUUCUAGGAGAUUUGCCCGCCCGCUGGACUAUCGCGGCCCCCAUUCCGUUCUGGACGGCUUACUGUGCGUACUUCUGGCAUUUGGGUUGGCUGGCGGCCGCGCCCAUGAUGCUAGGAACAUAUACGGCCUGGCGGUGCGUGGCCAUGAAGGGGAAGAAGACGGAUCGACGGACUUGGCAGCUGUGGUGCCUGUGGACGGCGAUGCUGUACAUGAUGCCGUUGGUGCGGUAG